UUGCAAAUUGGCAAGAGACGGAGCAGGAUCGAUGGCGCCGGCAAGAGGAGAUUCGAAGGUGUUGAACUUUGGCGAUGUCACACUGAGGCGAUCGGAUCUUCAGCGCUUGAAACAACCGGAGGAGCUGAAUGAUCAGAUCAUCGAGUUUUAUUUCGAGCACUUGACGUCGAAUCUGAAUGUCGACACCCAAAGCGGAUCCGUGUCCCCCUUGCUUCUCGUGGGACCUUCUCAGACAUAUUGGUUGCUUCACUGCCCUUCCGACAGCUUGCAGGACUCUGUUAAACCUAUGUCGUUGGCAGAACGAGAGAUGGUGGUAUUUGCAUUGAAUGAUAAUCCGGAUCCUAGCGCAGCAGAGGGUGGAUGUCAUUGGAGUCUCGUUGUCUACAGCAGGCCUCAGAAUGUGUUCGAGCAUUAUGACAGUCUCGGAGGACUGAACGGAGCCGUUGCAGUGCGUUUUGUCAACAAAAUCAAGCUGCACAUGGGAAAGAGAGCUGCACAAGCAAAAUCAAGAGAACGUGAAACACCACAGCAGCAGAAUGCUUACGAUUGCGGGGUCUACGUGAUGAAGACAAGCCAGCUCUUGUGCAACGCCUUCAAAGAGCAGCAGAGGGCUGUAACCUUUGCAGACAUUGUGGAUUCACUGCGAACCCAACUGACCCCAGCUUCUGUGGAUGAGAUGCGUACAAGCACCGUGAAGCUCAUUCUUCAACUAGCAAAGCAAUCGCCUUCCAGAGCAGCUGUAACGACGUCCUGAAUAUGCAUAUUGUUCAUAUUCAAUCUCUAAUUUUUCUAAACAAAGGCAAGAACCCAUUCUCAACCUGCACAACCAUGAGUUUCGGAGUGACUGCAUCCUUUGAGAAUCAGGAAGCUUAUGAUUUGUUCAGAUAGGUGGUCUUUAGCGAAUGUAAUGUUUGUAAAUGUGGUAGCUGGUGUUUUUGUUUAGGUUUCAUGGAUGCAACUAAAUAGAGGACAAAAUUAAAAGAUAGAAUAUGUUCGAUAAAUGAGAGAGUGGUAUGUUAAAGAGAAGCUGGAUGAGUAAAUCCACUAAACAUUACAUAAUAGUCUGUGUGGACAAUACAUGUUUUGGAUGAUUUGAAGAAUGGCUGCUUUUUAUGUCUGUGAAAUGUAAAAACAAUUUUCUUUUUGUGAAGAUUGUUUUUUA